AUGGCCCGCAGAAACACUCUCGCGUUCGCCGUGGCCUGCCUGUUGGGUGCGCCCCAGCUUGCCAGCUCUCACACUUGGGUCGAGCAGCUCAACCGUGUCGCUGCUAACGGCACUCUCGUCGGCCCUGUUGGCUUCUCCAACGGCUGGACUGGCCGCCUCGACGGCUUCAGCGACCCCAAGUUCACCAACCGCAUUCCCAACGAUGGAUUCACCAUGUGUAAGCAGGGCCUGCAGGGCGCGCAGAGUCCCGACUUCCCCCUUCUCACUGCUGCCCCCGGCGACUUCGUCUCCAUGCGCUACCAGGAGAACGGCCAUGUCACCAAGCCCGACACCCCUCCCGGCAAGCCCUUGAACCGCGGUACCGUUUUCGUCUACGGUACUACCGAGCCCAAGGCCGCCGACACCCUCUUCGAUGUUCAUCGCCAGUGGACCGCUGAUGGCAAGGGUGGUGAUGGACGUGGCAGGCUCUUGGCUACGCGCAACUACGACGACGGCCAGUGCUACCAGAUGAACGACUCGCCCAUCUCCAAGCAGCGUCAGUCCGAGUUCGCCCACACCACCGCUCAGCCCAUGGGACCUGAUGUCUGGUGCCAGUCGGCUGUCCAGCUUCCUGAGGACGUCGCUCAGAACUCCGACUACACCCUCUACUGGGUCUGGUCUUGGCCCACUCUCACCACUGCCGCCGCCGCCAACUCCAAGGACGGCCAGUACGCUGACUUCCCCUCUGGCUUCAAGGGCGACAAGCGCGCUGUUACCUCUGACGAUGUCACCGUUGCUGAGAUCUACACCAGCUGCUCCACCAUCAAGGUCAAGGGUGAGGCGCUCGUCAAGGGUGCCAAGGCUGCUUCGACUUCCAACAAGUCCGCCAACCAGAACGCCAACAGCCUCGCUGCCUUCAACUUCCCUGAGAAGACCAACUACAAUGACAACGCCGUCAAGGAGCAGCUCCAGAACCAGUUCCUCGUCGACGUCAAGGGCAGCACCCCUGGCAACUCUGCUCCUGGCAAUGGCACUGCGCGCAACGGCACUGAGAAGGUCCUCUCCUCUGCCGCUCCUUCCGCUCCCGCCACUACUCCCACUCCCACUGGUGGCAACGUUCGCUACGUUACAGUCACUGCUGCUCCUGUCACUCUCUACUCCAAGAUCACUGUCACUGUUGGUCCCCAGCCGACCCCCACGCCUUCCAACAACCCCAACAAGGCGGUUGACGGCGCGGCUAAGCCAUCUGUCAGCCCCUUCAUGAAGCCUGGCGUGAAGGGUCGCCACAUCCGCGGCAAGGACUCUUGGAACUUUGAGAAGCGCAUCUAA